GGAACCAGAAGGGAAAGAAGAAGAAAGCAGUUAGCCAUGGAUUCCACAAACAAAAUAAAAUAAAAAUAAAAAUAAACUUGAGAAAGACAACUCUCCCUCCACCAGAAGCGCAAAGAAAGCCUCGUCUCACCAAAUCACAAUUAAACAAAGAAUAAUACAUUUUCUCAUUUCCUUUCCCUUCAUCUCCCUUCGUUGGUUAAGUUAGUUCCGUUCUACUUUCUUUGAUUCUCCUAUAUUUUCCUUCCUCUGUUCCCUUCUUUUUACUCACUGCAUUCUCUUCUUCCUUUCUUCCUUUCUUUCUUUCUUUCUUUCUUUCUUCUUCUUCUUCAUGCAGCCUCUUCGCCGGAAGGGUUCUCUGCUUUCCACCACAACACUCGCCAUGAAGCACCGCAAGAACAAUAAUCUUUCUAUAUUUGUCGUGGUUUUCUCUGUUUUUCUGUUUGGGGUUUUCAUGUACAACGAGGAUGUGAAGUCGAUUGCGGAGUUUCCGUUUUCCCGGCCUAAAGAUAUACCGGAGGAAUCCAGACAGGGUGACCCAGUUCAAGAAAUAGUGAUUAAGAACGAGAAGGAAAACCACACUCCGGUUAACUCGAGAACUUCGCUGGCAGAAAGGAAACCGGAGAAUAACAUUCCCGAUCAAAUUACCCAGAAAACCGACGAUUCGAAUUCCUCUGUUUUAAAGGAAGAGGGACAGGAGUCUGUGGAGAAAGAAGAGGAGCCAAAGAAUGAAUUACCGGUGGUGGAAGAAGACGACGGUGAUGUCGAAUUGCCGCCGGAGGGCUGUGAUCUCUUUACAGGGCAGUGGGUUUACGAUAACGAGUCGUAUCCUCUGUACAAAGAAGAUGAAUGUGAGUUUCUAACGGCGCAGGUGACUUGCAUGAGGAAUGGAAGGAAGGAUUCUCGAUACCAGAAUUGGAGAUGGCAACCCAGAGACUGUAAUUUGCCCAAGUUCAAAGCAAGAUUGUUGCUUGACAAGCUCAGGAAUAAGAGGCUGAUGUUUGUUGGGGACUCACUGAACAGGAAUCAGUGGGAAUCAAUGGUUUGUUUGGUUCAAUCUGUGAUUCCUCCAGGCAGGAAAAGCUUGAACAAAACAGGUUCUCUCUCUGUUUUCAGAAUUGAGGAUUACAAUGCAACAGUGGAAUUCUACUGGGCCCCUUUUCUGGUGCGGUCAAAUUCCGACGAUCCAAAUAUGCACAGCAUCCUGAAUCGUAUAAUCAUGCCGGAAUCAAUCAAGGAGCAUGGAAAGAACUGGAAAGGAGUCGACUAUUUGAUCUUCAACACCUACAUAUGGUGGAUGAACACUUUUGCUAUGAAAGUCCUACGAGGGUCGUUUGAUAAAGGGGACACAGAAUAUGCUGAGAUCGAGCGGCCGAUAGCAUAUGGAAGAGUAUUGAAGACAUGGUCAAAAUGGGUUGAUAAGAAUGUGGAUCCCAACCGAACGAUGGUCUUCUUCAGCAGCACGUCUCCACUCCAUAUCAAGAGCUUGGACUGGGAAAACCCAGACGGGAUCAAGUGUGCUCUGGAGACAACUCCAAUUCUCAACAUGUCAAUGCCAUUGAAUGUGGGUACUGACCGCAGGCUGUUUAGAAUUGCAAGCAAUGUGACUCAGUCCAUGAAGGUCCCUGUUCACUUCAUUGACAUCACCACUCUCUCAGAGUACAGAAAAGAUGCACAUACCUCUGUCUACACCAUCCGUCAAGGCAAGAUGCUCACGCCUGAGCAACAGGCUGACCCAGCCAACUUUGCAGAUUGCAUCCAUUGGUGCCUUCCUGGGCUACCUGACACGUGGAACGAGUUCAUUUACACACGUAUCAUUUCUCGCACGUGACACCUACCAAAUCACACGUGCAAUUGGUUUUAAUUUUUUCAAAUUUUUGAUUUUAUUGCCUUUUUUAAAAGCUUCCGGGACCGCUCUAUCACCUCAGUCAUUGUUAUCUUGUAAGAUUCUGCAAUUUUCUCAGCACUUGAUGGCAUUUUAACUUGUUAUAGGAUGAACUAUAUAGGGAUGAACCAUAAAAAGUUGACGGUUCUUCAUUUGUUGUUUACUGGACUGAGGUGGGAGUUAUAGGCAAAAAUUAGAUAACACCUCAACGAGUUGUAUAACGUACAUGUUGAAAGAGGAAAUAAAAAAAGUCAUACCAA